AUGGGACUCAUUAGAAGUACAGAGGAUGGGCGAAGGGCUAGCUCCAGAAGCAGUGAUGAAAAGCCGACAUCGCAAACAAAAGAUGGAAAUGAGGGAACAGGGACUACCAGCGGCCCUGCGACCACUGACGAAAUGAUGAAAAUCUUGACCCGAGGCUCUUCUUCUCGUCUACCACCACUUAAGGAGGUGAAUAAAUACCCAGCCGACAUUGAGGCCGAGUAUCCUCGUGACAUAAAACUACUUAAUUACUUGAAUUUGAGACCAAGAAGACUGGUUAGGUUGAAUUCUAAGCAGUCAAUCCCAGCGAAUGUCCUUGUGACAAUUGUUUUCUUUUUAUGGGGGUUUGCAUACGGUUUUCUCAACGUUUUGAAUGAGAAUGUUGCGCUUUCCAUUUACGGCUCAUGGCGCACUAGAGCUCUCUCAGGGGCAUAUUUUCUUGGAUAUCUGGUUGUACCGUGUACUAUAGGUCGAUACAUAUUGCGGAGAUUUGGUUUCACUGCGGGUUUUACUUCGGGGCUUUAUAUUUUUGCGCUGGGAACUCUUCUCAUCUGGCCAUCCACAGUAUUGUUGUCAUUUGCCAUUUCUAUGGUCGCUAAUGCAGUUAUUGGCUCGGGGCUUGGAAUAAUUGAGACAACAGCGAACCUUUUCAUCGCGAUGUGUGGGCCACUGGAAUAUGCUGAAGCCCGUCUAUGUGCCGCACAAGGUUGCCAGGGAAUCGGCUCUUUAUUGUCACGAUUGAUAGCCGGCUACGUUGUGGCCCCGGAAGUUAAUAACCCCCAAGAUAUUAUCAAUUUACAGUGGGCGUAUCUUGCUAUCUGCUUUUAUGAUGUUGUCCUUGCUAUUGCCUUUUAUUAUCUUCCAUUGCCGGAAGCCCCAGAUGAUGAUAUGAGACAACUGGGUGAGCGACGUUCCGAGGAAAACAACGCCCCAGUAUUGGGAAUUCCUGUUUUCCUUGUUACAUUGAUUCUAGGAGUGUGGUCGCAGUUUUUUUAUAUUGGUGCGCAGGAAACCUUUGUUUCUGGCUUCCACAACUUUAGACGUCAAGUCAUGCCAACAACGAAACUAACGGAUCUUGAUCUGGAUAAUAUAGGGACUACCGCUUUCGCUGUUUGUCGCUUUGCUGUCGCAGUCCUUCAAUGGAAAGGCUUCAAACCACGAUACGUGCUCCUCAUUUUCUAUUUGGGUUCAGUCAUCGUUUUUGCUGUAUGCAUGAAUACUUCCGGAACAACAUCAAUAGUUUUUGCACUUCUUAGUUGGCUCACACUUGCACCGAUAUUUCCUAUCAUCUUCGCAAUCUCUCUCCGUGGCACAGGAGUCCACGCCAAAACCGCUGCUGCAUUUUUAGCUACUGCAGUUGGUAGUGGCACCUUUUCUGCUCUGCUACAACAUGCUGUGGAAUUAUCAAUCGGAAACCCUACCGCAUACGUUGUUACCGUUGCAUUCGCUAGUGCUGGGGCAAUAUUUCCUCUAUACAUGAAUAUAGUGCCAGCGGCGAGAAGACAGGUUGAUCCGAUCAACGAUGAAUAUGUUCACUAA